CUUCUGAUAUUCGCUUUACGCGACAUGCGUUGUGACGCAUGAGGUUACGUCACAUCACCGCGACUCAAGCAACCCGGAUGUGCGCACCAUUAAGAGCAGCCUUUGACGAUGUUUACGUUUAGCUUAACGUUCGUACGACACGGGGAAACGCAGUACAACAGGGACAGGCUGCUGCAAGGUCAAGGUGUGGACACGCCCUUGUCCGAAACGGGUCUUCAGCAGGCUGAGGCGGUAGGAAGAUACCUCCGAGGCAUCACGUUCAACGACGUGUUUGCCAGUAACCUCCAACGAGCCAUACGGACAGCUGAAAUCAUCUUGACGAACAGCGCUCAUUCUUCUGGCACUGAGAUGGUUUUGGAGCCGCUACUCAGGGAGCGGGGUUUUGGUGUCGCAGAAGGACGUCCCAAAGAUGAUCUGAAGAACAUGGCCAACGCUGCGGGUCAGUCGUGUCGUGACUACACCCCUCCAGGGGGAGAGACUUUGGACCAGGUAAAGCUGCGAUUCAAAAAAUUCCUCAAAGUCCUUUUCAAGCGAAUGCUGGACGAACACUGGCGGCCGGCGCCAGGCGAGCGCGGCGCGGCAAACGGGGCCGAAGCCGCCGGGCCGGGCGCUGCCCCCGCCGGCGCGGCGGACGACGGCCUCGCGGGGGUGCCGGUGCACGCUCUGGUCGUGAGCCACGGCGCUUACAUCCGCGUGGCCGUCAAGCACCUCGUGGAGGACUUGGCGAGCUUGCUGCCCGCCGGGGUGAAGAUGUCCCAGCUGUUCUCCCCCUCGCCGAACACGGGCGUCAGCCGCUUCGUGUUCACCCUGAGCCGGGGCGAGGGCGGGCCCGUCCUCUCGGCUUGCCGCUGCGUCUUCACCAACAGGAAGGAUCACCUGGGAAGCGUCGCGGCGGCCGUAUAGUGGGAAGGGAGGGGAAUGUUUGUGUGGACGCAGUCUCUGAAUGAUACAAUCAUAAGGACUCAAGGUAACUGAAUACACUAAUGCACCUGGUAAAUUAUGUUUCCUCAACAAUCAGUUCUACUGCGGACCGAGUCGGAAUAAGUGCAGUACUGUAUCUUCAAGUAGUGUCAUCAUCGUCCCAACUGUAGGCCAGUGAGGACAUGUCUUAUUACCUCUUUUAUCGUGUCAUACCAAAGUCUGAACUAUUUAAUGUUAUUGAACGCGUCAAUACGUCUGUGCGUGUGGCAUUUUCAUGUUGAUGCGUCGCCUCUGAUGCUGCUUAUUUUAUUGUGCAAUAUAAAGUGAUAACACUGAAUCUCUGAGUUUUAUACACACAAAUAAUACAAGAAGCUCACUACACAACUGCCGUGAAUGCGUCCACUUCCUUGUCGCUCAAUGUGUAGAUUCACCUCACGGUCUGUCAGUCUGUCACGGCCGCAAUAUCUCAAGCACAUUGGGAUCUGUUUAAGUAAAUACUGCAAAUUCGAAUAAAUAAAAAAAAAAAUUAUAUAUAAAUGGAAACGGUGGAAGGAGAGAUGUCUUGACAUCUUUCACCCCCGUGUGUGUGUGUGUGUGUAUGUA